GGCUCCUCCGCAGCCCUCAGUGCUCAUGCUCCAGCGGCCGAAUCCGACACCGCCGACAACACAAGUGCCAGCAUGGCAGCGAAGCACUUCUACCGACAGGGCUUUUUAUUACUUUUAUUCAAUUUUAUCUCGACCGCAGCCCUGGAGAAACGCUUCUCCGACCUGAAGAGAUGCGCGGACGAGGAGUGCAGCAUGCUGCUGUGUCGGGGGAAAGCAUUGAGAGAUUUCUCGCCACCUGAUUGUCGCUUCCUGUCCUUUAAGAAAUCAGAAACUAUCUAUGUUUACUACAAACUUGCAGGCAGAAGGACUGACAUUUGGGCAGGAAGUGUUGGAAAUAUCUUUGGCUAUUUCCCAAAGGACCUUCUUGCUGUUAACCACCUUUAUACAGAUAAAGAAGUCGAGCUUCCCGCAGAGGAAACAGAUUUUGUCUGUUUUGACAAUGGAUUUGAUAAGUUUGACAAUUAUGACAUAGAUGUACUCUUAGCCUCCUUAGUGGAGGAGAAUAGCAGUAGGGGAACAUCUGACCAAAUCCAAGAGGCAGAGGACACUCCAAAAGAAACACAGCCAUAUGAAGAAGAAGAAGAGCAGACUGACAAACAAACUGAGCAGCCAGAGAAUGUAGAUCAUCUCGAUCCUGAUGAUCAAAAUGCCACUUUACCUGAGCUUGAUGUGGAAAAUGAAUUGCCUCCUAUAGAAGUAGAAUCUGAUACAGCAGCCACACCUGAUUUUAUUGAAGCAGCCGUAGAAGUUGAGCAAGUAAAACUACAUGAGUCUGUUCUUGACAAUGUUGGGUCAGAGAGGAGGGAACCCAAAGAUACACUCGCAAAUCCUGAAGUGGAAUCUGUGGCCAAAGACGAGCUUGUUCCCGAAACUGAAGCGGUCUCGGUUACUGAGGGAACGCAAAUCCCAGAGUUGAAAACUACCCUGGGUUCAACUUUUGAUGUCAUCGUUACUGGUGAAGAAAUCACUAAGAGAGUAACACCGUUUGAAGAAGAAGAGGAGGAGGAGGAAAACCAAGAGGUGGACGAUAACUCCAAAGAAAAAAUUGAUGUAAUAAAAGACACUCCACUACUGUCUUUCACUGAAAAAGCAGUGAACACUCCAGCACCUGAUUCCCUCCAAGAGCAUGAAGCUCCUCCGGUAACGCACAUAGAUGAACCUCAAGCUGCAGAGGAGAAGAACAUGUGGACGUCGCUCGGAGAUGCAGUCUUUUCAGUUGUCACGGGGGGAGAGAUGACACCACAAGAUGUUAGCUCAGAUGAAGAUGAUGACGAGGAGGACGAAGAAGAAGAAGAAGCAGCUGCAAAACCCACUGAGGAUUUUGAGGAAGCAAAAAAAGAUUUAGAAGAACCGCUGAUUACAGAAUCUCCCAAAGAGCCUGAAAUCAUAGAGCAAGUUCUUCUAGAUCCUCCUGGUUCCAGCUCUGUACAGACAGAUAAAGAAACAAUCGGUGAUCCUGAGGAACUUUUGUUGGAAGGUGAUGAUGAGGGUGAAGUAGAAGAGAUCGAACAUGAGGAAGAAAAGGAUGAAACAUUAAAACCUUCAGCUGAUACACCACAGACACGACACCCGACAGGAGCAAAGAAAUUAUCAGAUAUUUUAUUGUCACAAAGAGAUACCUCUGCCAAAAAUGGAAAAGAAAAAUCUGAGAUUAAAACAACAGAUGAAACCAUUAAGCACAAAGAAGAGGAAGUGCAGGAGGUGUCCAAAGAUUCUGGAGUCAUUGAAGACAUACAGGACAGUAGCAUUGCAAUGGAGAAUAAACUGGAUUUGGACAAUGUGCCAGAAGAAAACAAGACAGAGGACGAUCGUGUAUUUGUCAGUAAAGAACCUGAAACUCAUCAGAUCCUUUCCAAUGAGAAGUCGAGGGAUUUAGAACUCAAAGACAACAUCAAGACAGGAGACGACAGCUUACCUGAUCGGAUGCAUGAAGAUUUAUUGGCAGAUCUUAAGAAGCAUCUCCGUCUACUAGAUUCAUCUGUCGUUGAACCAGAGAAUCCUGAGGAGCCAUAUACAGAGGAGCUGGAGGAAGAAAUACCUGCAGAGCUGGAGGAAGAAAUCGUUGUGGUGAAAGAAGAAUUACUUGAAGAUGAAAAUGCACUCCUGUACGACCAAUCAGAUAACCCAGACUCUGACAAACCUGCUCUUGAACCAGAAACUCUGCCCACUGCGUCGACUGUGGAGCCAGUGUACAGCGACAGCGUGAUGAGACUCACGCUACUGCGAGAACGCUUCUCAGAAAAAUACAUGGCGCGGUUCCAAAAGCUUCUGGGCCUCAAAAAUCUCUUCAAAGUGGAAGCCAUGUUCUCUGAUCUGGACACAGAGUUGCAGGCCACCCGUCGGUCAGAUUCAGAUACGACGCAAGACAUAGAAGGUGCUCUAGAGGAAAUCCUGGAAGCCUCGGAAACCACCAUCUUGGACGAGAUUGAGAAGAUGCUGGACGCACAGAAUGCAAAAAAUGUUCAGGACCCACAUGAGGACACAAGUAGUGAGGAUGAGGAGACUGAAAUACUGGAUGACUUCCAGGAGCUUGCAUUCAGUUUACGACAGAAGUAUUCGACAGCCAGUGACAGCACACCUUUAGCAGCAGAUAUGGACCAGGAUGGACAUGAAUUGAUUGUUACUGAGGAAAAGCUCCGCAUUGUUGAGGAAGAGAAGGUUGACAUCGUUCCUGAGGCCGAGAGAGAGCAAGAAAACAUCACAGUAACAGAUCGUGAGGAGAGAGCAGUAGAGACUGAGGAGAGAGCAGUAGAGACUGAGAAGGAAAAGGUUGACUUCGUUCCUGAGGCGGAGAGAGAGCAAGAAAACAUCACAGUAACAGAUCGGGAGGAAAGAGCAGUAGAGACUGAGGGGGAGCAGAUAGUUCUUGAUGGGGUGCACUCUGGACCGGCAGUCAGCGUGGAGGAGGACGGUGGACAUUUUAAUAAAAACAAAGACAAUCAGCCAGGAUUCAGUUCAUCAGAAGACCUGCAGAAGGUCCCUGAUGCCACUCUGGAAAGUCCUUUAGACGUCGACGUUGGUGAGGAGGUGGAGCCCUCGCCCUCAGGAUCUUUGGAGCCAUUGGAUCCAGUGUCUGAAAUUAACGAAGCAGAAGUGGGAUUAUUCUCAGCUGGAUUAUUUUACACGGGCUGCAUCUUUUCUAUCGCAAGCAGUAAAAUUGUUGAGUGGGCAACUGUGAUGAUUUCACUUUUGCCAGACGAGUGGAAGCCAGGGGAGACGCUGUACGGAUGUCCCUGGCAAGCGGUGGUCUUCACUGCUUUGGUUGGAGUUGUGUCCUUCACCAUCUUCUUCUGGAGAACUGUGUUGGCGGUCAAAUCAAGGGAAUACCUUGUGGAUGAAAAAAGGCUCACAGAGCAAAUCCAGGCUCUCAAAAAAGAGAAGGACGAUUCUCUCGCCAAGAUGUCUGAGCUCCAGAAGCAGACUGAGAAUCUGAAAGAGCAUCAUAAGCAGUCAAAGGAAACAGUCGGUUCUACAAUGAAAAGGAUUCAACAGCUCGAGAGUAAAGUUUUGGAGGCAGAAUCACGAAAUAAGCGGAUGGCUGAUGAAAAUUACUCGUAUGUAAAACAACUCGAAGAGGAGCGGACACACUCUAAGGAAUAUGAAACCAGGAUCGAGAAACUGGAGAAGUCAAAUGAGAAGCUGCAGCUCAGCAGGAAAAAGAUCCAGGAAACGCUCUCGAGGACUUCUGUUCUCCUCGAUGAAGCUAAGAUUCGUGAAGAUGCCAGAAAAGCUCAGCACCAAUGUCUUGGGAAAGAUUACGCAGCUCUCAAAGAAGAGAACAAGACGUUUAAGAUGACUAUAAAGAGCUGGGAGGACAAACACAAGGAGCUGAGUGAGCAGAUCAAAAGUUAUCAAAAGUCCCAGAAAGAGCUGGAGGACUCUGUGGUGCUCAAAGAUCACAACGUGGAGGUGCUGUCUGAACUUCUGGCAGAUUUAGACGCUUGCGAGCUACAAAAAGGUGAAACCAAAGUUUUAGCCAAUGGUGAAAUAGCAUCUGAUAAGAAAACAGUCGUAAAGAACAGAAUCAAACAGAUGAUGGAUGUUUCCCGGGUGCAAACCACUCUCUCAGUAGUUGAAGAAGAGCGAGAUCGCUUCAUGACUAAACUACUGAACGAAGAAACGAUGAGAAAGUCACUGGAAGAACAACACCAGGAGCUGGAACAUUCAAUUGCAACUUUAAAAAGCGACAAGAGCCAUGUUGAAAACCAGUUCAAGAUCCUCAAGCAGAAAAAUGAAAUCAUGGUUGAAAUGUACCAACAGAAGGAAAAUGCUCUGCAGCAGAAAUUGACGAAGGAGGAGCUGGAGCGACGCAGCAAAGAGAACAUGCUCUCGGAGGUGGGAGGAAAAGCUGUGGAGGCCGAGGAGCAGGUCAAAGUUUUGAGACACCGCAUUAAUGAAAUGGAGGACCAGAUGAAGAAGACGGAGGACGUCUACAAAGAGCAGAUAAAAGAGCAGGAAAAUAAAACUCACUCAAACUGGGUGAAUGCUCGGAAUGCAGAGAGAGCUCUGAGUCAGGAGAAGCUUGAAUCAUCAAAGCUCCGUGAAAAGUUGGCUGUUUUAUCGUCGCAGCUGAACGAGCGUCGUGCUCCUCUCUUCAGACCAAACCCUGGACAAGCUGCAGUUCCUCGCCAAGGUGACUCAUACGGGCCCUCUCCUGUGAGUGGGGGUGCACCGUCCCCUCCAAUAAUGAUUGAGGGUCCCAGGCGCCCUCCCUCUGCCCCCGUGGGGCGAAGAAUUGACCCGUAUGGCUCUCGACCUCCAUCAGAUCCUCACGGUCGUUACGCUGAGCACAAACACGUCUCUGGGAUGGACCUGAUGGGUCCCCGCAGCUCAUCGCCCUCCAACAUGGAUGGACCCACACAAGCAGUAGAUCCACAGGUUAAAGCAGAGACUCAGGCUGAGGCCUCCACAGAGAGUCCAGAGCCAGGACCUGGAUCCUUCAUAGCGUCUCCAAUCAGGGACUCGCCUGGUCCCAUGAUCCAAGGACAUCCACCUGGGCCUGGACCCCAUGACCCGCUCCUCCCUCCCGGACCUCAUAUCCGCCUGCCACCUCCCGGGCCUUACAGACAGCCGCGGCCCGGCCCCUACCACCUGCCGCCUGGUCCUCUUCCUCCAAACCUACCUCCUCUUCAUGGGCCUCCACUACCAGCUAAUGGACACCCAGGUAUGCCCGGACCAAUGGGAGGAGACUUUGGGCCUCGCCCCGCCAACGGACACGCGUUCCACCCCAGGCCCGGCCCAGGUCAUCUCAUGGAUCCUAGGGGUCCACUACCACCGCAUUUCCGUCCUCCUCCGCCUCAUCACUUUGGACCAAUGCCUCCACCACACGGUGUCCGAGGGCCCAUUGGACCACGUCCACCUUUCCAUCCUGACAUGCGCUUCCCAGGACCACGUGACCACAUCAAUCCACCAAUGGACCUGCCCCCAGGUGUCCCGCCCCAUCCUGCACAUCCUGGUGAUGCUUUCGGUCAGGCUCAACCCCAUGCCCUCCACAACUCAGCGGGCGCUCCCAGUGGCCCUGGGCUCGACCCACGCGGGAGGCCGGAGGCCCCGCAGGACUCAGCAAGGCCAGCAAUGGCCCAGCCUUAAAAAUGCCAGCUGCGGCAGAGAACUUGAAUUCCUCAUUACCCCCAAACGCAUCAGGUCACAAACCAGAUCCAAUCCUAACAAAGGUUAUGAUUAUUUUGCAUAUUUCAAUUAAUGAAAUCAAAUACAAGAUAUAAAACUGCAAAGAUGUUUAUUUAAAAAAAAAAACAUGGUUUUGGUAUUAAAACAAGAAAUAUGUCUGAAAUUGAUUUAAGUUGAAAGGGUUGCCACUGUUCUAAAGAACGUAUUGUGCAAUAACAGUUUAUUAAAUGCCAGAAACUUUCAUUUGUGUUUAUCUUUUAGAAAAAUGGUAGUGAUUUUUUUUUUUUAAGGGGCAAAUUGUAUAAAAUGUCAUUUCCUGUGGAAAUUAUUUUAAGAAAGGAAAAAAGGCCUCUAGCAUUUCAGGAAAAGCACAAUUUCCCCAAAGCAGUUGUUUUAGAAUGAACUGUAAAGCAAUGUGUAAUUUGAUGGCCAGAUGUAUAACUUAUUUUACUAUGUUGGUAGAACUUUAUUAAUAAAGAAUGGGAAAGUA